CUCUCAGAGACAGCAAGUACAACUGCUGGUGAUCACAACGACUAAGACGGCGGCGAGGGUGGCAACCGCUCCCGGGUUGCCCCGGACUGAGGGACAGCUUGGCCCCGGGGCUCCGGGGUGACCAGGUGCUUCCUGAUUUGUAUCUUCUGGGCAUCUGAUGUACAUUGCUUGCAACCAUGCGUUCCCUAGUAUUCCUGUGUGCCCGUCAGGUAAUCCAGGACCAGGUCUUCGCAUGCCAGGCCCUGGCAUUCCUGCCCCAGGAGCUGUAUGCAGCACUAUUCAAGGCAGCCUUCUUAGACAGGAAAACAUUGGUGCUGCAGAAGCUGGUACAGAUGUGGCCUUUCCCUCUCCUUAGUUUCCAGCAGCUACUACGUGAAAAUUCAGAUGGCCGUCGGAUUCCACUACAGGAAAGACCAACAAAGGAGAGUGUACAAGCUGUGAUCCUGGGGCUUUCUGCACGACUAAGGGAGCCACCCCCCCGCAGGAAGCUGCAGUUGCAGCUGUUGGACAUGACAGGAAUUCUGGAUUCUGGCUAUGAGGAAGAUCUCACAACCAUGACCAUGUGGUCCCGCACUGUAUCAGUGAUCCAGACCUGUAUCAUGGGUCAGCUAAAUAAAUCUUUAAGACAGAGGCGUCGACGGGCCAAGCGCAAGAAGGCAGUCCCACCCAUCUAUACUCCUACCCCUAUAGAAGUUCGAGUAGAUCUCCGGGUGACCCAUAGCUCCUAUGGGUUUCUAAAGGAUACAUUACAGACAAGUGCUUUUAGCCCUCUGCGCCUUUGUUGUCGAGAUUUCCGAGCUGAAGAACUCCCUCUGAACAGCACUGUAGAUAUGUUGGAGUUACUGGAUCCCAUGCACUUGCGCCGAGUGGACCUGUGCUUCAAUAGCCUGGAGUUAUCUGGCCUGUGUGAACUCAUGGCUUCUGUUGUGAAGUUCACCAACUUGCUGAGCCUGAAACUACAGUACAGUUAUGUGGACCUGUGGCAGCUCUCAACUGAGUCAGAAGGUAGCUUCCGUUUAUUUGUCUCGGAGCUCAAUAAGUUGAACCGCCUCAGAGAGCUCAAUAUGGGUUCCUCUUGCCUUUCUGGUCGACUGUGCCAGCUGCUCAGCAGCCUACAAGGCCCCCUGGAGAGCCUGGAACUGGCCUUUUGCUAUCUCCUUCCCACAGAUUUAAGGUACUUGGCCCAAAGCCCACAUGCUACCCACCUUAAGAAGUUGGACCUCAGUGGCAACAAUCUUUCAGGUGCUCUCCUGGGCCCCUUCCAGUCUGUGCUGAAGGCGGUCUCCACUUCCUUGAAGCUCCUGAAUGUGACUGAGUGUGAGCUCAUGGACACUCAUCUUAUUUCCACUUUACCAAGCCUGUGCCGCUGUGUCCACCUCCGCUAUCUUGGUCUCUAUGGCAAUCCCCUCUCUACCUCUGGACUCAAAACCCUGCUGCUUCGGUCAGAAGUACUGCCUGAGCUUCAGCUGGUAGUAUAUCCUUUUCCUGUGGACUGCUAUGAGAUUUUGCCAUGGCCACCUCCUGCUGCCAUCCUCCUGGAUGAGGAGAAGUUUGCCCAUGUUCAGGCUGAAUUACGCCAGAUGUUACUGUCAGCUGACCGAGCUAACGUGCUGUGGACCACUGACGUCUAUGGUCCCAACAUGCCUGAUUACUUUAGCUUAUAACUGGUGGGCUGCCUGGCAGGGAUGGAGAAG